AUGCUGCCCCCCAACUGCUCCGAGCCCAGCCUGGCGGCGGAGGCGGCGGUGGCCACACUGCUGGCGCUGGAGUGUGUGCUGGGCCUCCUGGGCAACGCCGUGGCCGUGUGGACCUUCUUCUUCCGCCUGAAGGUGUGGAAGCCCCACACCAUCUACCUGUUCCACCUGGUCUUCUCCGACCUCCUGCUGGCCCUCUGCCUGCCCUUCCUGGUGGCUUUCUUCCUGAGCCACAAGACCUGCGGCUGGGGACACACACCCUGCAAGACCCUGUUCUUCCUGUGGGCUCUCAGCCGGGGCGUGGGCGUCGCCUUCCUCACCACCGUGGCCUUGGACCGCUAUCUCCGCGUGGUCCACCCUCGGCUCAGGAUCAACCUUCUGUCCCCUCGAGCGGCCUGGGGGGUCUCAGGCCUCAUCUGGCUCCUGCUGGUCGCCCUCAGCCACUCGAGCGUGCUGGGGCCUCCGACCACGUGCACAGGCUCUGGCCUGGGUGCCGGCGGCUCCUUCAGCCUCACCUGGCAGGAAGCGCAGUCCUUCGUCCAGUUCGUCCUGCCCUUCAGCCUCAUCCUGUUCUGCAACGGCGGCAUCAUCAGAAUCCUGCAGAGGAGGCUCCGAGACCCCAACAGGCAGCCCAAGCUGCAGCGGGCCCAGGCGCUGGUGGCCACGGUCAUGGUGCUCUUCACACUGUGCUUUCUGCCCGGUUUCCUGGCCCAGGUCCUGCUGGCCGUCUUCCGGGGCACGGACAGCUGCCGGGCCUGCAGAGCGCUGGUGCUCGCCUCCGACGUGACCAGCAGCCUCACGGGCCUGCAGAGCGUGCUGAACCCCGUGGUCUACUGCUUCUCCAACGCCACGUUCAGGCACUCGUACCGGAAGGUCUUCCUGAGCCUCCGCGGCCGAGGGCAGGAGACUCAGGCCCCAGGCUUCGAUCUCAGGGACUUCAACUCCUGA